AUGAUACAUCCAUCACGACAGGCGUACGUGGAGGAAGCGGAGCAGAGCACGGGCAUUGCUUUAGAAGACGUCCCAGAAGAUCAUGACUACGAAAUGAACAUGGGCGAUGGCGCCCCGCCAGAGAAAGCCUCCGCGAUCCUGAACCAAUUCAAUAGAAAACGACUUGCGGCCACAAUUGCCGUCCCGACUGACGAUGGACGAGUUCGUUCCAAGCUGCGAGAAAUGGGGGAGCCCAUUACCCUAUUCGGCGAAGGACCGGCCGACCGCCGAGACCGACUACGAGAACUAUUGACGAUUCAGGCGGAAAUGGCUGGGCUUGAGAGUGGCGACAUAACCAUGGAAGAUGCCGAAGACGCGGAAGAGGAGGAGCAAGAAGAAGAGUUUUAUUCGAGAGGAGGUCCCGAGCUGCUACAGGCUCGUAUCAACAUCGCCGAAUUCUCCUUGCCACGGGCAAAACGGAGGACAGCUUUCCAAAAAGUCGAGUCAACAAUACCCUUGCGGACGCACGUCAAAUUUCGCAAACAAAUCAAGGAUAGAUUACAGGCAUUUGAGCUGCAGGGAAGUCAGACCGUUGGCGAGAGGCAUAUAAGCAUGACCAGAUUCUCACCGAAUGGGGAGCUAAUUGCUGUGGGCAACUGGGGUGGUCAAGUGAAAUUGGUCGAAACACAAAAUCUGACGGAGAAGAUGAACUUUCGUGGACAUACCAACAAAAUCAGCGGUCUCUCGUGGUUUCCUGGGGCUACCUUGCCCGAGAGCGGAGUCUCUCCAGACUCGGUCAACCUUGCGUCGGGUGGUGCCGAAGGGUUGGUCCAUGUUUGGUCAUUAAACAAAGAUACUCCUCUAUCAACCUUCAAAGGACACUCGCAACGAGUUUGCCGAGUAGAAUUUCACCCAUCCGGCCGUUAUUUAGCAUCUGCUUCAGAGGAUACCUCAUGGCGACUUUGGGAUGUCGAGACAAAUGCAGAGCUUCUAUUACAGGAAGGUCAUUCUCGGGGCGUCUAUGCUGUCAGCUUCAACACGGAUGGCUCCCUACUCGCUAGCGCUGGUCUGGACAGCAUUGGCAGGAUAUGGGAUCUACGAUCAGGGAGGACAGUAAUGAUUCUAGAUGGACAUCUGGAUGGACACAUCAAGCCGAUACACGCCUUAGACUGGAGUUCUGAUGGACACCGAGUGCUGUCCGGCUCUGCUGAUGGAUGGAUCAAGUGCUGGGAUGUCCGCAAAGUGCAGAGGACCGGUGGUGUUGGUGCCCACAACAGUGCUGUCUCCGAUAUGCGCUGGUACAAAGGCUUGGAUGACCCUCUUCUCGGAAUCCCACCGGGUCAAGACGAGAAGGGUGCACAGCUGCCGAAGAAGGCCGGCACCUAUUUUAUCUCAAGUGGCUUUGACCGAAACAUCAAGAUUUUCUCGGCUGACGAUUGGACUUUGGUGCAAACGCUAAGUGGACACACUGCUCCGGUUGCCAGCGUGGACUAUAGCAAUGAUGGGCGAUGGAUUGUAAGUGGAGGACACGACCGCACAGUGAAGCUCUGGGGGAGAAACGACGGCGAGGCGAUUUAG